AUGAAGAAAAUAUUAGCACGCUUUGCUCAAGGCGAUUCUGACGAAGGAUUUACCGCUUAUAACAACCUUGGCAAUCACCAGAGCGCACAGCCUACUUCUGUUGGACGUAAUUUUAGACUAGGUAGAUUUUCACUGGUUGUGGAAACAACUAUAGCCGAAGGAGGAUUCGGUGUUGUAUUUCGUGUAGUAUCUCAACAUGGGCACACAUAUGCACUGAAAAGAACUUGUGUAAACAAUAGCCAUGAUCUUGCUGUUUGUAAACGUGAAAUAACUAUUGUAAGCUCUGUAUCGCACAAAAAUAUAUUACGCUAUGUUGAUUCAAAGAUAACUGAUAUUCAACCAGGAAUAUAUGAAGCUUUAUUACUAACUGCUUAUUAUCCAGGUAAUCUAAGUCAACUGAUCAAUGAAAGGAAACAAUACCAUCAGCGAUUCACGGAGGCUGAAGUUCUACGUAUAUUUGGUGAUGUCUGUGAAGCUGUUUGUCGUCUGCACCACUGUAAAACACCAAUUAUUCAUCGAGAUUUAAAAGUUGAAAAUAUUCUUAUCGAUGAUCGAAGUAAUUUUGUCCUGUGUGAUUUUGGCAGUGCAACAUCACGUGUUCUACAUCCUGGUGUACAUGGUCUUGCUAGAUGUGAAGAUGAAAUUUCUAGGUAUACAACUUUAGCUUAUCGUGCUCCUGAAAUGGUCAGUCUAUCAACAACUAUCCCAUUAGGUCCACAAAUUGAUAUUUGGGCAUUAGGCUGUCUCUUGUACUGUAUAUGCUUUUUUAAUUUACCAUUUGGAGAUAGCGUGCUGGCGAUACAAUCGGGUAAUUUUAGUCUACCUGACAGUUCACCGUAUUCUGAACGAUUACAUAAAUUAAUUGGUUAUAUUCUCUGUGUAGAUGCAUUUAAACGUCCAGAUAUAUUUCAAGUGUGUGCAUUAGCCUUUACACUUGCUAAUCGUAGCAAUCCUGCACAGAAUUUAAAUAACCUUCGAAUUCCCCUUUGGAAGGAUUUGACUGUACCGCCAAGAGAAUCUCAACUCAAAUCAACCAGUAAUCUGCUUAUGUCUUCAGAGUUGAAAUCUGCGAAUAGAUCAUUAUCACCAUCAUCGUCAUCAUCAUCCAGGAGUCGAAACAAAUCCUCACCUGAUCAGAAGCAGUCAACUUCAUCUGUUGUAGAUCAGAGCCAUCCACAUCAGCAACAACAACCGAAUCAGUGUAUUACCAAUACAUCAGUAGUUCCAAGAGAAAGACCUCGACCAAAUUGCUCUAGUCAUCAUCCUCUGCCGCCGCCGCCGGCGCCGCCAUUGCCGCCACAUCCUCCUUCUUCUUUCCCACAUGCUCCAAUAUCAUCGUCUACUGUCAACCCAAUAUUUGUGAAACCGCCAACUUGUUUACCUGUCAGUAAUAAUAAUCAUACUUCAUCUACUGGUAUUGUAGCUAAUUUUACUGACUUACCAGAUUCCAGUGUAAUGCCUCCUACUACAAAUACAAGAUUUCAUGAGGCUUUUAGUCCACCAUCAACAAAUUUAAAUUGGCCAGUUGAGUUUUCUAAUAAUCACUUCAACAAUCAGUCAAAUGAAAUGCCUAUAAAAUGGGACACUGCUGCUACUGCUCCCGUUGCCGCUGGUGGUGGUGGUAGUCAUCAACGAACUCAAAGUUCCGGUUUUGGACAAGCCAGUCAGAUAACCAAUUCAUCGGAGACAAUGAAUCCUUAUUCUUAUGGACAGGAAACAUCGUUGUCUGGUGGUGGUGGUGGACAUCGUCGGUGUCCAAGUGAUACAUCAUCACUUUUAAAGUCAUUUCCAUCAACUAUACGUCAUGCACAAAGUUUAGCAUCUUUAAAUCAAACCUCAAAAUCAUUUGAUUCGAUUGCAUGCAGUAAUCCUUCAGUAAAACCUACAGAUAUCGGCGGUAUACUUCCAAGUGUCAAGCCAAUUGAAACAUCAAUAUCAUCAAAUGCUGUAACUAAUCGAUUAAACCAAUCAAUGUCUGUUGAUGCAUCCACUACUAUUGGUCUGUCUAGCGGGAUAUUUAAUCUUUCCCAUGCGUCAAAUUCAUCUCCGAUACCAUUUUCUUGUUCUUCUGCUUCAACAUACAACACACCUACACAAAAUGUUUGCCCUAAUGAAAUGAUAAGAAUGAUGGCGUUUACCGGUAAGGAUUCUACUACUAUCAAUAUUAAUGCUGUUGCUGAUGAUGAUGAUGAUGACGUACUCUUCGGUGUAGCUUUCGAUGCAAUUCGUGGAGUACUAGUCGAUUGUAAAACAGCGAUAUACUUUUCUCUAGGUGACUUCUCAUGUGUUGGAUGUGUGCGUCUGUGUGUAGAUGUGUGCAAAGGCAGGAGUCGAAUGCAUAUCGGUCAUUUAUAG